UAUAUAGGCAGUCAGUCGCUUGUUGUGAAGCGAUGCUCUGAGCCGGGAGCUGUGAUGAGCUUGGACCAUUCUGCAGGAAAACAGGCUCCAAAGCUGAACCAGCUCCUGUGAGGAGAGCAGCACAGUGGCCUGCCAGGGGCUUCCAGCACCUCAAGGACUGCAGGUCCCCCUGGGAUGCACUAUGAGGGUGGCCCAGCGACCCUACGAUGGGCUGUGGAGCAUUUUGCCCUAAAGUGUCUGAAUUACAGGAAGAAGGAAUAAAUGCCAUUAACUUACCUCUCAGUCCCAUUCCAUUUGAACUAGACCCUGAGGACACUAUGCUAGAGGAGAAUGAAGUCCGAACAAUGGUGGAUCCAAAUUCAAGAAAUGAUCCAAAAUUACAAGAACUAAUGAAGGUACUAAUUGACUGGAUUAAUGAUGUGUUGGUAGGAGAGAGGAUUAUUGUGAAAGACUUGGCUGAAGACCUGUAUGAUGGACAAGUAUUGCAGAAAUUAUUUGAGAAGCUUGAAAGUGAGAAGCUGAAUGUUGCAGAAGUUACUCAGUCUGAAAUUGCUCAGAAGCAGAAGCUGCAGACAGUGCUUGAAAAGAUCAAUGAAACCCUUAAACUCACUCCAAGAAACAUUAAGUGGAACGUUGACUCUGUCCAUGCUAAAAGUCUCGUAGCCAUACUUCAUCUUCUGGUUGCUUUAUCUCAAUAUUUUCGAGCACCAAUCCGACUCCCUGACCAUGUGUCCAUUCAGGUGGUUGUUGUGCAGAAACGAGAAGGAAUCCUCCAGUCUCGACAAAUCCAAGAGGAAAUAACUGGUAACACUGAGGCAUUAUCAGGAAGGCAUGAAAGAGAUGCAUUCGACACUUUAUUUGACCAUGCCCCAGACAAGCUCAAUGUAGUGAAAAAGACUCUCAUCACCUUUGUGAACAAGCAUCUGAAUAAAUUGAAUUUGGAGGUGACUGAACUGGACACGCAGUUUGCAGAUGGAGUGUACUUAGUCCUCCUAAUGGGUCUCCUGGAAGGAUAUUUUGUUCCCCUGCACAGCUUUUUCUUGACUCCUGAUAGUUUUGAACAAAAGGUCGUCAAUGUGUCCUUUGCAUUCGAGCUCAUGCAGGAUGGUGGAUUGGAAAAACCAAAGCCAAGACCAGAAGAUAUUGUAAAUUGUGACUUGAAGUCUACACUGAGAGUACUGUACAAUUUGUUUUCCAAAUACAGGAACGUGGAGUGAAGAAUUGAUUUAGGUCACAAAAGAGUGUCAACAAAGAAAACAUCAUAACUAGCAUUUCUUUCUUCAGUAUUCCUCUGCAUCUCUAUCCUAAAAAGAACUAAACCAUUUACCUGAAGAAUUUCUGAUUAUUAGUUGAUUAUUCUGGCACUACUAUUUUCAUAGUAGAUUAAAAACUAAUAUAACUUAUAAAGAGAAAAAGGUUUGGAGGAAGGCAUCUGGGUAUAUUCUGGGAGAACUCGUGUCUUGGUUGUCUUCACACUGUUUUUAAUGGGUGAAGCAACAGUGAGAAAAAAUUUAGUAAGUUUAAUUCAAAUCAGCCUUUGGGGCCAGUCAUAGGAAUAUUGUGUACUGAGUACUUUAUUAUGUUUUACAUAUAUCUUUUUUUUAAUCUGGGAAGGGGAAAAAUAUUUUCUAUCCAUGAUAAGACAGUUCCAUUCUAAUUGUGAGGAAUGUGCAUGGGGAGAAACAGUUAAAUGCACUUAAAAAGAAGGAACUUAACCUGGUGAAUAUAUAGUUCCAGUGCUAUCAUUAGAAUUUAAUUUUAUGGGUACAAACUGAAGGGGCUACUCAUUCUUUCAGACUUAUUAUAAUGUGAUAUUCUGCAUCAAUAUGUGCUAUUGAGCAUUCCACAGAACCACACUUUACAGCUUGUCACUUUUUUUUGUUCAAGGCAGAGAUCUUUUUUUGCAAAGAACACUUUUCAGGAACACAUAUCUGUAUAAUACAGCUUUUCUAUAUUUUUAUUAUUAUAUAACAUUAGAAAGUAGACGAAUGGCUUGUUUUUAUUUUGGCAGUUUAAUCACAGGAUUAUCAGAUUGUGAGUUUAGAUUGAUUGAUAAAUAUAAUUUAGAAUUGUCCCUUUGGUUGAUUUUGUAAUGAAUUUGUGUU